CGCGUAGGUGAAUCUGAAUGAAAUCAUUGGAAAAUAUGUAGCAUAGCAUGGGAAGUAUGUUCCCCUAUGUCACAGACCAUCCUAGUUUUUUGUGGCGACAGUUUGACACAGAAUAGUCUGUUUUGGAUUGAGGAAACAUCGCUUUUUUCAACGAGGAGCCACGUGUCACAUUUUAUCGAUUGAAAUUGGCCAUCGUCAGCAGAUGCAGCAGAUGCAGCAGUUGAUGACCACCUUCCCCACAAUGCAUCCUCACAACAUGCUAGAGCCAGCCCAGGUCCACCCUCACGCCCGCAGACACCAACAUCAACACCAACACCAACAACGCAGAAGUAACAGAGAUAUGGUUCCCUUUGGCAUGUUUGGAGCUGCCGACUUCGGAUUUGGGGAUAUGUUCCGGAACAUGCGUAAAAUGAUGGAUGAUAUGCACAGAUCAUUUGGUCAGACAGCAGUAGUCGCUCCCAACAGCCACAUGUUCACCCAGUCAUCGUAUGUACAGGUCAGCAACAACGGUCAAGGGCAGGCUCCACAGGUUUACCAGGCCACUUCAUCCACACGACAGGCACCAGGCGGGGUGAAGGAAACACGACGCACAGUGCGGGACACAGAGUCAGGAGUUGAGAAGAUAGCCAUCGGUCAUCACAUCAAUGACCGCGCCCACAUCAUCGAGAGGUCACAGAACAGGCGUACUGGCGAUCAGAAUGAAAACCAAGAAUACAUCAACCUGGAGGAGGAGGAAGCUCCCACCUUUGAUCGCGAGUGGCAAGAGAAGACACGUCACAUGGCACGAGGCAUGGAUCACCGCCGUGCUCGCCACAAUCCCAUCGGCAAUGUGAGGAAUGGCCGUCAGAUGGCAGCACUACCUGAACCUCGACCAAGGGUUCGCAGAGAUCGGGAAUAAUGUCUUUAUAUUAUAUAGCAGAUUGUGAGUGGAUGCCUGAGCCUGAGUGAAUUUCUCUGAGGCUUGGUUGAUCCUGUUUAUAUAUCUGUGUGCACACAGUACUAUCAGCAUUGUGGAGAUAAUCUCUCACCUGUGUUUCUAGAAUCAUUGGCAAUCAACUGACCUCAUGUCACUUUGGAGUGCUGAUCUUUGCUUAAGAACUGACAACUGUUUUCUUCUGGUGAAUCCACCUUUCAGUGUAUGAUAAUAAAUGAAAUUGUUCUGAUUGCAAUACAUUCCUGAUCACAUUAAUGGAUUUCCAAGUGUGAUUCACAUUUUUAGGAUUUUUAAUGUGAUUCACAUUGCAGAGUUCUGUAACUUAUGUGUGUGAUUCACCUUUCAAUGUUUUGAGAGUUUCACAUUAUUGUCUGUUGUGUGGAUCACACAUAUUUGUUCAUUGUGAGUUUUGCAGAAUUCUGUGAGUGAUUCACAUUAUUAAUUGUUUUCUGUGUAAAAGUUAAAGCUUUGUGGAUGAUUCACAUUGCAGCAAUUUGUUCGAUUGUGAGAAUGUUGGAAAGUACAGUAAGAUCUAUGUUGACAAGAAAAGUGAAAAAUUAUCAUUUGUUGAUAUUUUCUGAAGUUUUUGUUUGAGAAUAUUAUCAUUUAUUUAUUGAAAAGUUUUUAACACUUGGAAAGAUGGUGCCUUGGCAGCAUUCCGCUUGUUUGAAGGAAAUGCUGAUUUUUUGUUGUGAAUAUUCUGUAAACAAAUUAAAGGUGGUUUCAUCAAUGAAAUGUUUUGUCAGAGGCACCGAGUCAGAUUAUCUCUCACUACAGAGCUGGUUCAUCCUACAGACAACAUUCGACUUUCGAUGAGGACAACAGCAAUGUAAUCAGAGAAGCACUUUUUCCCAUUUAUGAAUGUUUUUGAAGAUUCCGGAUUUGUGGAAUCGUGGGAGUGGUAUUCAUUGUCGUAUUGUUGCGUGGUAGGUUUAUAAUGGUAUAUGCCUUUUCUAUUUACCUUGGUUUUGAAGCAGUUGAAUGAAUUUGUCCUUAAUCAGGUAAAUUGUGGAAGGUUUUUUAGAGUACAAGUGGGAUGAAUUUUUUAUUAUUUUGCAAAGAUCAGAUCUUAAUCACUUAAAAGCUAAUGUAUAUGUGAGCAUUAUUUGUCAUUGCUGAGAUUCAGAGAUGUGUGUAUCAAUACAUUUUAAUGGUUGAUACUGUAUCAAUACACAUUGAUGAAUAUGGAUGCCUAAUUAAUACUACAUUGCCCCGGAAAAGAUUAAAUUUGUAGUUUUUUGGCUUACUUAAUAUUUUGCGUAAGUUUAUUUAUUGCAGGCUCGGAUAAGAAUUCUUUUCAGUUUUAGUUGAUUGAUCUGUCAUGAUAAUUUUUGGUUGAUAAAAAUAUUAAUCUUUCCAAUCAGUGACAUCCCUACUGAGACGUUGCAUCCGAUGCAGCAGCGAAAUAUAUCCAUGCUUGGUGUAAAUGAUGUACUUGAACAUGUUGAAUGAUGAAAUAUUCGAAGAAUUGCAGAAUGAUUUCUCUCCGAAACGAUGUGCCACAUUAUAUAAUGUCUAGUACUUCAUUUGUUACAAAAUGAUGCAUUUAUGUAUUUCUUCUGUACAUGUUAUUUACUGAUUUAAGUCUUUAGACUUUAGGGAAGUCGGAGAGCUUGUGAGUUGUCAGCAUGCCAUCAAAAUCAGUGUUCAUGCAGUCAAGAUAAUCAUAAUCAUCACCAUCAUGUACAUUGUCAUUUAUUCUGACAUCACAAUAAACCAAAUAUUUAACUAAAGUCACAAGAUUUUUUUUCUGCCAUAGUUAUGACAUGUCAUUCCACAGAAUCCAUGUUACCGAUCAUUGUAUUCCAGU